CUUGAUGGCCCCGCAGGAUGCUUCCCUGCGGGCUCGGCUGUUUUGUUCUCUUGUAAAACCCUCGCUGUUAUCUUCGACCUUGGCGGGAUCUCGGAUCCAAACUCUAGCUUGCUUCCUCCGAUCUAUCUGCUUCUAGGGUUUUUGAUUUCGUGUUGAGGCAUGGAUUCCCCUGUGGCGCUUUUCAAUCACCUCAAGGCUUCAGAUCCUUUUUUCUUACUAGCGGGACCCAAUGUUAUUGAAUCUGAGGAGCAUGUUCUGAAAAUGGCGAAGCAUAUUAAAAGCAUUACAUCUAAGCUUGGCAUACCACUGGUUUUCAAAUCCAGCUUUGACAAAGCAAAUCGUACUUCCUCAAAAUCAUUUCGUGGUCCGGGUUUGGAAGAAGGCUUAAAGAUCCUUGAGAAGGUUAAAAUCACAUAUGACCUUCCCAUUGUCACAGACGUUCAUGAGAGUCACCAGUGUGAAGCUGUUGGGAGAGUUGCCGAUAUUAUUCAAAUUCCAGCUUUCCUUUGCCGCCAGACUGAUCUUCUAGUUGCUGCUGCGAAAACAGGGAAAAUUAUCAAUAUUAAGAAAGGACAGUUUUGUGCUCCUUCAGUUAUGGUAAAUUCUGCUGAAAAGGUGAGACUUGCCGGAAACCAAAAUGUUAUGGUCUGUGAGCGAGGGACCAUGUUUGGCUAUAAUGAUUUAAUUGUUGAUCCACGCAACUUUGAAUGGAUGAGGGAAGCAAACUGUCCUGUGGUUGCAGAUGUUACACACUCACUGCAACAACCUGCUGGGAAGAAGUUGGAAGGUGGAGGUGUUGCAAGUGGAGGUUUGCGUGAGCUAAUUCCAUGUAUUGCGAGAACAUCUGUUGCAGUAGGAGUUGAUGGAAUAUUCAUGGAGGUACAUGAUGAUCCUCUAAACGCCCCAGUCGAUGGCCCCACACAAUGGCCUUUGCGCCAUUUGGAAGAGUUGCUGGAAGAGCUCAUAGCAAUAGCUAGGGUAAGCAAGGGAAAGAAACCAUUGAAGAUCGAUUUGACUCCAUUUCGUGAUUAAUGCUUGAUAUCGAUGUUGAUCAACCUAUCGUUAAGGUGACGCGGAGUUUUGCACUUCUCAGCCCUUGCCUGUAUGUUCUUAUUUUGCAUGUCAGUUAUGUUAUUCUUGUGUGCUAGUCUAUUCGCUUCAGUUGAUAUUCAGUACCAUUUUGGGAUCUCCAUUUCUUUUAUUUUCGGCAAUUUGAGCAUGUGUUUGUUUGU